UCCCGGGAAGAAUGUUGGGUAAGAUCGAUGCCAACGAAAUAUCAUUGCGACGUAUAAUUGGAAUUCAUAAAGACCAAUUUAUUUUGAAUAAAAAGAACGCGACGCGCACAGAAGUAAUGAAUUAUUUAGAAUCCGCUGGAUUUACGAAUUCAAAUCCUUAUUACAUCGUAAAACAAGGAACGAUUAAUCAAAUGGCACUAGCAUCAGAUUCUCACCGCUUAAAAUUACUUAAUGAAGUUGCGGGAACGAAACUCUAUAUUGAAAAAAGGGAAGAAUGUUUAAAGAUUUUCAAAAAUGCAGAACUGAGACUUAAAAGAAUCAGUGAAGAUCUCGAUACUCUCGAUAAAACAUUAAGUACACUCGAAGAGCAAAAAAAGGAGUUAAAACAAUAUCAAUAUUACAAUCAAAAGAGAAGUGCCAUUCAGUAUAGUAUUGGUAAAAUCAAAUUAAAGAAAUAUAACACAGAAUUAAAAAGUUUCGAUGAAGAGGAAAACACAUCUAGUUUUGAAAAGAACGAAAUUGUCCGUAAUUUCAAAAAAAUUCAAGAACAAAUCCAAGAUUUAAUGGAAAAAUCCAAAAAUACCAAAAAUGAAUUGAACAUGAUUAAAGAAAAACGUAACAGUUUAAGUAACGAGAGGGAAAAUUUAAUUAAAAAAAGUAUUAAAUUAGAUUUUACUGUAAAUAAUUUACUCGAUGAAAUGGUCGAUGAUAAACAAUCUAAAAAGAAUCUUGAAAACGAAUUAACUCAACUGGAGUUAACUAUUAAGGAGCAAGAAUCAGAAUUGGAUAAAGUUAACGCACAAUAUGAGGCAAUGAAAAGAAAGGAGGAGCAAUCUGUUAUAAAUUUAACGUUAAAAAUUCAAAAACAAAAAGAGUUAAUUGGCAAAGAACAUCGUAGACGCCAUUUCACAGUUAAAGACGAUCGUAAUCGUUGGAUACAAAAUGAAUUAAAGUUAUUGGAUAAUCAUAUUAAAGAGAAGAAAAAUAACAUCGAAAAAUUUAUUGCGGAUUUAAAACAAGAUGAUGAAAAAUACACACUUUUAAUUAAUAAACUUGAAACCCAUAAGCGGGAUAUUGAUGGACAAAGAGUUCUUAUUGAAGAACAUAACAAAGAAUGUUAUGAAUUGAAAAGGAGCAACGAUCAACAGCAAACAAUCAAAAAUGAAUUAUGGCGUAAAAAAAACACGUUGGAACAAUAUUAUUCGUCUCUUAAAGGAGAUCUAUUAAACGCCGAACAAUGUUUACGUUCAUUGAUUGGAAAAGCGAUUUUAAAGGGAUGCGACAGUGUUCGAAAAGUAUUGGCAACGUUUCGAGAGCGAGGUGAAUCAUACGCUGAAAUUGCCAACUCAUAUUUCGGAUUGGUUAUAGAUAAUUUUAAUUGCGACAAAACAAUUUAUACGCCCGUUGAAGUUACAGCCAAAAAUAAAUUGUUUAAUCAUAUCGUUGAAUCUGAUUACGUUGCAACGAUGAUCCUUAAAGAAAUUAAACAACAAAAGUUACCAGGAGAUGUCGUAUUCGCUGCUUUAAAUCGAUUAAAAUCGAGACAAUAUGAUUAUCCACACAACAAGAAUUGUUUGCCGUUAGUGUGUAAACUAAAUUACGAUGAAAAGUAUGAUAAAGUUAUGAAAUUAAUAUUUGGAAAAACGUUAAUUUGCCGAACAGUGGAAGAUGCAACGCACUUUGCUAGAACAGUUAGAUUGGACUGUGUAACUUUGGAUGGGGAUUUCAUUACUGCUAGAGGAACAUUAACAGGUGGUUACAUUAACUUUUCACGUUCGAAACUUAAAAUUCAAACAACCAGAAACGAAAUUAUUUCCAAAAUAAGUAGCUGUGAAAAUGAAUUGAAAAAUAUAAGGGAAGAUCUUAUCAAAACUGAAACGACAAUAAACAACCAAGUUGCCGAAAUGGAAAAAAUCGAAAUUAAAAAAUCCAAAGCAAAAGAAACUUAUGAUAAAAUAAAAAAGGAAAUUACUUUGAUAAAAGAAGAACUUUCUAAUAUCGACAGUUCUCGCGUACAAAAAGAACAUUCUUUAUAUCAACUUAAAGCGAAAUUUGAACAGAUGCAAAGCAGUAAAGAAAAUUUUGAGUUGGAAUUAAAAGAAGAACUUUUAUCGCAGCCUUCCGCAGAACAUCAAACGAUUCUUGAAUCGUUAAAAGGUGAUAUUGAAACAUUAGAAAAAGAACAUAAUGAAGCGGUAAGUGAACGAACGAAAUUGGAAACGGAAAAAAAUAAAUUUUCCAGUUUUUUGAAUAAUAAUUUAAUUACGUGUCGUGAACAAAUCAAACGCAAUUUAGAAGAGAUGUUGGAUCGAGAAGUUACAAUGCAAAAUAUUAAGACUGACGAAGAAGAUAAUCGACAUAGGAUAGAGAAGAUAAAACAAGAAUUGGAAGUGUUGGAUAACAAGCGAACCAUAUUUAAUGAAAAGCUUGCAAAUGAAUUGGAAGAAUUGAAUCAAUGUCAAAUGUCGGAGAACAAUUUAAGGACUCAAUUAAAUGAAAACGCUGAAAAGUGUCGAAAAUUCGAGUCAAAAGUAAAUUUACUUAAAAACAAAAUUGAUGAACUUACUGACAAAAUGAAACAGUUGGAACCUUUAUCAUCAAAAUUCGAUAACCUAAACAAAAUGACUAUAAAUGAUGUAAAAUUGUUUGCCGUUAGUGUGUAA